AUGAGCAUCACCGAAAACAUGCAAUCGACUCCACUGCCCACCAAAUCCCCAGCAAAGCAGCUGCCGCAUCGUCCAGUCCACCGCAUACGUCGCGGUCAGAAGCUCGAUGAAGUUGUCUCCUUGUCCGAGCAGAGGCUCACUCGCUUCGCCUCAGCCUCGUCUGGAAGUAGUGCAUCGCAAUCCAUCUUCGCGCCCACAUCGUCGUGCUCAUCAUCAUCAUUCGGCGGUGCUUCUGGCCCAUCCGCAUCUUCCUCCCACAGCGCCGGCGGUGACAGCCCCUUCCAGUUGCAAGAGUAUUUGGCCAUGUUGGUGCGCCGCGAUCCUCACAAUGUUGAGGCCAUUACCGCUCUUCCGACGGAAGGGGACAUCGAGUCGUCCAGCUCUGCGACGGACAAGGGAAAAGCCAAGGACGAGCUCGAAGACGACGGCAUCUUCCAGAAUGUCGACACCGACGUGUGGGUGUACGAGCAGCUUCGUCGUCUCGUCCUCGACCUCACAACGCCUUGGCUCACCUCACUCCAACAGGAAUGCGACAAGCACGCUCGACCCCAGACCUGUGCUGCCAUGAAUGCAGGUGACUGGAUGUACCUCUGUGCCUCGCACGGCGAAGAAAAGCAGUGCUGUGCCAUCGACUACAUGGUCCACACGCUCGACGGUGCCACUUCCCUGCUCAACUCGGCGCGUCAUUUCCCAAGUCGUACCUACGUCCCCAAUACGAGCCUGCGUCAUUUCGGCAGUAUCGCGCGACGCCUCAGCCGCAUCUUUGUGCAUGCAUGGUGCUAUCACAAGGACGUCUUCCUGGCUUGCGAAGCAGAGACCUCGCUCUACCUGCGCUUCUUCGUUCUGGUCGAGACGUACGAUCUCACGGCUACCGACAAUCUGCCCCCCAAACCUGGUCACGGUCCCGCCGCUAGCGGCAGCAGCAGCACCCUCGACGACAGCGCUACUGCGUACCAAGUAGACGAGGCGGCCGAGUUCUCCCGCGGCACCUCCACGGCUCCACUCUUCACGCUCAACGGCACUACCGCAAAGAGGGAGAGGAGCGGUACAGCGGCUAUGCGCUCGUCGCUCGCUCAGAGCUUGCAACAGACUCCACUGUUCCAGUCGCGGCCGCCACAAACCCAGCAGGAGGACUCGUCGUCGACACACGUGGAUGCAGUUGGGCUGGUGCCACCGCCAGCGCCUAGUCCACGACCAACGGCGAUCUUGAGCAGACCCGAUCACGAGGAGGGGGAUGACGAUGCACCUGCGUGGUCUUCGCUCGCCAGUCAGGGCGUCAAGGUGGAAGAGCGGAGAGAUGACGCCGAAGAAGAGGAGGAGGAGGAGGACGAAGAUGAGGAGGACGGAGAGGAAGACGCGAAUGGUGAAGAAACGGAUGACCGCACGCAGAAGAUUGGACAGAGGACGGAUGACAACGAUGCCACCAUCUCCUUGCGCGGUGUCGAUCUGCCUGCUGGCCUCACCGCCGCUAGCAACGGGUUGAUGGAGGAGGAUGCACAGUCGAACCCCAUAAAAACAGCCGAUUCUGAGCAGACCCACGCGACAAAGCCAAGCAUGGAGACUUCUUGA